CAUAACGAAGGACUUGAGCAAUUCUAGUAUUUUCCGCACUCACCUCUUCCCUCUCUACGCUUGACAGUCCAAACAGUAACGACAAACACAAUGGCCCUCCCAACGACCGACACCCUCCCCCUCCUCACCCCCCUACCCGCCUCGCACAGCAACUCCACCAAAUCCAGCUCCUCCACCUCGGGCUCCUCGGGCCACAGCUCCGCCCGCAGCGUCCUCGACGCCGUCCUGAACAUCGACGAGUUCCUCGCCGCCCACCCUUUACCUGCUCCGCCCGAGAAAAACAACGCAGGUAGUAGUAGCAAUAGCAAGAAAGCGCAAGCGAAGAAGAAAACCGCGUCAGCAGGAGGAGAAGAAGAAGAAGAAGGACAUCCGGUCCCCAAGGCGCUGAGCUUGCGCUCCGGCGAGUACGUCAGCUUGCUCAAUACAAAAGUGCAGCUGUACGCGCUUGCGAGGCCGCAGUUUGAGUUCAGCCAUGUUGCUCCCUCUGCGACGGUGGAUGAGGGGUGGGGUGUGAGGAUGAGGCUUUUAGCUGGUGUUGGUGCUGAUGCUAGCGGGGUUUGGGGGAGUGAAGCGGGGACUGGAGAUCUAGAGGUGGAAUUGGAAGAGCGAGGGCCGUUCGCCAGUAAGCAGGAGGCGAAGGAGGCGGUUUGCGCGAGGGCGUUGGAGGUGUUGAAGACGUGGGAGGAGGAGGGGAGGGUGGGGAGAGGGGAGAAGGGGAAGAAGAGGAAGGGCGGAGCGGCUGCGUUGGAGGAAGUGGAGAGUGAGGAUAAGGGCAAGGGCAAGGGCAAGGAGAAGGAGGUGUUUGUCAAUUGGACGGGGUUGUUGCUCGAAUUCCAGCGCAGCAACUCCGCCCCGCAACCGACGUAUACCGACUUCGUCCUGGACACCCGCUUCUCCUGCACGUGCACGCUCGACAAUGUACCAGGAAGAACAUUCGGCUCGCCGACGGACCUGUUUGCCAAUAAGAAGGCGGCGAGGCAGAAUGCGUCAAGGCUGGCGGUGGAGUACUUCCAAGAGGUGGGCGAAUGGCCCGAGGGCGUGGGAUUGGACGGAUUGCAGGUGGGUAUCAAGAAGAAGAAGCAGAAGGGGAACAAGGGGGGUGUGGUCAAGGAGGGGGCGAUGGAUAGUUCGUCUUCGUCGGAGAGAGGUGGUUCAUCUGAUGAUACGACUAUCAACGAGAACGCCGCCCGUUCCCCAUCAUCAUCCAAUCCCGAAGGCCAGACCGCUUCGGCAAUCAAACCAAAAGCACAUUCCACAUCACCGCUGCCACCGACGACAACAACAACAAACAACUCCCCCUCCUACGCCUCCCUCGCCGCCUCCCUAGCCCACGCCCUCCACCUCGGCACCCCGCAGUACCACUUCCACCGCUCCACCACCACCGGCGCCGCCACUAGCAACCUGGAGAUGACGACGACGACGACGACGACAGACUUCCACACCGUCUCGUGCACGUUCCCGCAGGCGGCGGAGCGCCGGUUCCGCGACGAGCCGGUGGCGCUGGUGCGGCAUGUGCAUGGGAAGAAGAGGGCGAGGGAGGAGUGCGCGAGGGUCGUGGUCGGGGUGUUGGAGGGGCUGAGGAGGGAGAGGAGGGAAUUGUUGGAGAGGGGAGGGGGGAUGGAUGGGGAUGUGGAUUGGGAGAAGUGCACGCGUGGUUUCCGCGAGCCGAGGGAUUGGGAAAGGGAGGACGUGUUUGAAGAUGCUGUCGAGGUUAUGAGCUUGGAUGGUUGAUGAUUCUUUUUUUCUUUUCGAGCACGAGUUCCCCGAGUCCUUGCCCGCGAUUUGCCGCUUGGAUGGCGAGUCUUUCUGUAUCUGGAUGGGAAGACGAUGGAUAUGUACCUGGAGAG